CCACCACAUCCUUGGAACCCGCCAAUCGGUGAAGCGUGGUAAUCUUUUCCACGGUCUUUUCCUCCUUUUUCUUCUUUUCUGCUUUUCUUCUUUUCUGCCUGCCUAGUCUUCCCCAAUGGCAACGGCGCGCGUUCCGGCCCUGCGCAACCUCAUCGGCCGGCGGCAACCAUUCCGUCUGCCGGGCCAGCAGCGCCGCUGGGCCCAGGUCCACGACGUGCGCUUCGUAGCCACCACCCAGGCCGCCCGCAGCGUCACCGAGAAGUACCGCGACAAACUCGACCGCAAGGCCCGCGAGGAAGGCCUGCGCGAUAUCGGCGAGCUGAAAGAGGCGUAUAAGGACCGCAUCCAGGAGCUUAAGAAGAAAGAUAGCGUUUCGGUUCCCGGGCUCGAUGCGCUGCUUGCGGAUGAGCCUGUGCCGGCGCAGACACGGGCUGGGAAUGGGAAUGGGAAUGGGAAUGGGAAUGGCAUUACUCAGAAACCACCACCGCCGCCGCCGCCACCGUCGUCGUCACAACCGCAAGUUCCACCCGCUAGCACGGGACGCACAAACGCCGCCGUAAAGCCGCUCUCCGAAAUCCUCGACCUGCCGAAAGCCCGGGCGCUCCCGGAGAAAGAACUCGAGGCGGUAUGGCGGCUGCGGCACGCGUCGUCGCCGCACUCGCUGUGCGCGGUGAUCCCGAGGGCGACGUACGCGAGGCUGGAGGCGACGGCGCGGCGCCACCCCUGCUUCGUGCUGCCGGUGCCGCGGGGCGCGGACGUGGGCGCGGAGAUGCACUUCCUGCAGUGGGUGUUCGACGGGCCGUCGCGCACCGCGACGGUGCUGUUCACGCAGCUGGCCGAGUACAAGGCGCGCGGGGAGUGGGCGCAGCCGCACACGAGCGUCACGCACUACGUCGACGAGGGGCUGGCGGGGGCGCUGAUGGUGGGGAGCGUGGUGGACGGGCGGGGGGCCAGCGUGCAGGAUGCGAGGUGGCUUGUUAUGCUCAUGCAGCGGUUUUACGGCGGGGAGGGGACGGGAGGGGACAAGGAUGGGGGGAAGAGGAGGUUGUUGGAGGAGUUUGGACGGGGGGAUGGCGGGUUUAGCGUCGAGAGGCUGUUGGAGGAGAGUGAGAAGUUGGGUUGAGUUUGAGGGGGUGGGGGAGGGGAGGGAAGGGAAGGGUAUUGUAAAGAUGUAUCGAAUGGGACUAUUACGAAACUAUAUGCCACAAGAUAUGACAGAUUACGCCAGACAACACGGGGACGGCGUGUAUUCAAGACUGGGUUAGACGACAGAUAACGUUGCUCACGGAUAGACAAAGGGAAAGGGGGGCCUGUAGCUGGCUCAACUGUAUAAUUAUCUGUAUAAAUGCUAUAUACAUGGGGUAUUCCAGAAUCUCAAUAGAGAGAGAGAGAGAGAGACAGUCCCACGCCUGGCUUUACAUGCCGAUCUUGUCUUGACAUAUUUCUACCUUCUCUUUCUAUUCUACUAAUAAUAACCAUCGCCCCCUUAUAUACCGCCACAGUAGCUUCUU